UAGGAAACUUCGAAAUCCGUUCUUUGUGAUUCCUUCUACAUACUUUUGCUUUGCAUACAUACUCAGGAAUUGAACCUCGAAGUUUAGUCCUUGCUAACGCUACCAAGGCGCCGCGCUCUUAGUGGGCUUAAGAGUCACCUGAUCGCUACCCUUAUUGAGCUUGUGGAGGCUGACUGGCAGUGGCGUCUUGACGACUGGUUCGUCUCGCAAGGCGUGCUCAUUAUCUGCAACUUUCCUGGCAACCUGGACAAAACGUCCCCGCUGCAUGUCCUUGCAAAUGAACUCCGUCCUUCCGCUUUACUACAGCCUUCGAAACGACUUAGAUUACUUGAUCGUGACCUAGCGAAUACUGGGUAGCUCAUCGCUAGCGUUAGGUGUCGCUACUUGACGGUGGGCGGAUUACCAAAGUCGUCCAGUAGAGAUCUAGCGCUAGCAGCUUAGCCGACCUAGUACGUCAAGACCUUAAUUUCUUAGUAUGCGUGCCACUAAGAAGAAGGCCGCCGCUACGGCGUCCGCCGCCGGCAAGCUGCAGCCUGCUCUUAACGACGCAAUCCUCGACACGGCAAACGCAAAGGGAAUCCGCAGCUGUGUCGAGUGCGGCGCAACUUCAACUCCGCAAUGGCGUGAAGGCCCAAUGGGUCCCAAGACGCUGUGCAAUGCUUGUGGCGUUCGACGCCAGCGGAUGAUUCGCAAGCAGCAAUCUGCGCAACAGGAGUUCCUUAUGCCGACGGCGCCUGUGGCGGCGGUGCAGGCGCGCAGGCGGCUGACAGCCACCCGUGAACCCUCCCUGGCUCCUUCAACCCUACUGACGGACGACUCUCACCUCGGUGGCGGCGGCGGCGGCGGCGGGAUCUCGGGCUCAGAGCAGUCCAGUGACGAUACUGACCUGGAGUGGGCAAGCCAACACACCCGCGCUCACGCCCACGCACAGCACCCACACCACCAGCAACAUGACCCGCACCCACACCCGCACCCACACCCGCACCCGCGGAUGCACUCUAACAACAGCUGUAAGGAGGAAGAAAGCGCAGCGUUUGACCUACUCUUCUUUGCCGGUGUGGAAUGCGGCGGUGGUGGCGGGGCGCAUGGGGAUGAGGAGGCGGACCAGGAGGUCAAGGGCGGCUAUUCCGGCCGCAGCGGUUUGCGACGGCAGGCGUCCGUGCAGCGCCGCUCCGACGACUACUUCUACUAUCCUUACAAGGACGAGGGCGCCUUGGAGGAAGAGGGCGGUGGUGAAGGAGAGGGCGAGGGCCUGAGCAUGGGCGUUGUGGGGACGACUAGCAAGCGGCGAAAGGUCGCCGUGGCGACAGGAGGAGGAUCUCCGCUGGGGUUGCCUCCGUUGCUGCGGGGCGCUUCGUCCUCUACAGAGGCGCUGGAGAGCCACCACCUGUCGGCACCUCCUCCCCGCGCUCUCAAGGCAACCACCAUGAGCCUCUUCGACCGGCCUUCCUCCGCUGCUCCCGCCGCCUCGGACCUCUUCUGCUCACCAUUCCCACACCACCCUCACUCCCUCCCACACCACCACCCUCACUCUCACCCUCUCCCUUCUCUUCACCCUUACUCCCUCCCACACCACCCUCACUCUCUCGAGCCCUCUGGCCGCCUCCAG